AUGGAGUUGAAGAUCGCGGACGACAAGGCCUGGCUGAGGAGAGAAUUCAGAUUCGCGCGAGCUCGGAAUCCAAGAGCUGCAAAGACUAAAGUGUUGGAUGCCAUUGCACAAGUAAACGGAGGAGCCGGAUGUGUUGUUUCGCACACUGAUGAAGAUGGGGUAGUGAGGAUGAAGGUUAAAGUGAGAAAACAAGAUUUGAAGCAAUUAUUGGAAGUGAUGAAAGGAGCUAAAAACACAGCUCUUCCUCGUCAAUCGUCAACUCCGCCGUCAAUGCCAUCGUUGUCUUUGGAACAGCACUUAAAUCUUAUGAGAAUAAGGCACCUUACGAGAAGUAGUCAGGCGAAGUUAAUUUUGGGCUUAUUAGAAUUNUUCAGAUUCGCGCGAGCUCGGAAUCCAAGAGCUGCAAAGACUAAAGUGUUGGAUGCCAUUGCACAAGUAAACGGAGGAGCCGGAUGUGUUGUUUCUCACACUGAUGAAGAUGGGGUAGUGAGGAUGAAGGUUAAAGUGAGAAAACAAGAUUUGAAGCAAUUAUUGGAAGUGAUGAAAGGAGCUAAAAACACAGCUCUUCCUCGUCAAUCGACAACUCCGCCGUCAAUGCCAUCGUUGUCUUUGGAACAGCACUUAAAUCUUAUGAGAAUAAGGCACCUUACGAGAAGUAGUCAGGCGAAGGUGAGCCGCCAUUGUUCUUGGAGGCCUGCACUACAGAGCAUUCCUGAGGAGCAUUAA